AAGUGGACCCCACCACCUCUGUAAAUCCAUUCAUAAGAUUCAAACCUGCAAAAACACUAAACAAGGAAACCAAGACUCCCACCUCCAACGGCUAUAAACAUCCCCUGCUUCAAAAGAACUCUGAGAAGAUGUUUUUUUAGCUGCGAAACACCCAGAAGAAACCGAGACAGACAAGAGAUAUAUCUAUAUCUAUAUAUAUAUAUCUUCUUUCUCCUUCAACUCCCCUCAAAACCCUAAUGUGCUCUCUCCCACCGACGCCAGCAAUGGAUUCUUCAACGCCCAAUACUCCGCCAACCCUCAAGUCCCAACCCCGACUUCGAUCCAGGUGCAUUCCUCACCUCUCCAACCCCUUCGAUGAUCAAAUUGAGAACCAAACCCUAACAUCGCCAUCACCGAGAAAAAACCCCUCCCCUCUUCAGUUCCCCAUCCACGAACUCCUCCUCCCCUCUCCCCCUAAACCGCGACCUAAACUACGCUACAUUGCGGAAGAAACCCACGAUCUGCCUCCAUCGGAAGCCACUCCUCGCCGCAAAAGUAAGAAUAGGGGGCUCGCUGCCCCGAUUUCCCCGAGGAAUGGCCGAAGGGCUAGGAGGAGAUUGGAGAAGGAGAAUGUGAGGGAGGAGAAGGUGUUCAGUCAGGUGGAGGAUGAGGGUAGGAAGUUGAAGAAACGUAAGCAGAGCAGACCUCGGCCUGCUCGAAAGGAAGCGCAGAGUUUGAUCCGAUCGCUUCCUUGUUCCUGUUCAAAAACGGAUCAAGAUUACAUUGCUCUAGAUGAUCAAAGUAGCUUGGAAAGAUUCUGUAAGGCGGUUUCGGAUCUGUUGAUGUGGAAGAAUGUUGCAAAAUCUGGACUUUGGUUUGGGUCUGGAUCAAUUCUGUUUCUGUCCUCCAUCUUCUCAUGUGAUGUUGCGUUCAGUAUAAUAUCAGCAGCAUCUCAUUUGGGAAUUCUGAUUUUGGCCUUGGCAUUCUUCAGCGACUCAAUUAGAAAAAUAAAGCAAGAUAAGGAGAAAACCAGAAAGCUCCAGCUGACAGAAGAAGAUGUUCUUCGAAUUAUUCGAGUAGUGUUGCCAGUAGUCAAUGCUGCUCUUUCAAAGAGCGAAGAAACUUUCUCUGGCGAGCCACUGAUGACUCUCAAAGUCGCUCCAGUUCUGCUCUUCAUGGCCAAAUAUGGCCAUUUCACAACUCCUUGGAGACUUCUAGCAAUAGGUUUUUUCUCGAGCUUCACUGUUCCUAAAUUUUACUCUUGCUACAACCAGCAGAUACAACAGAGAGUUGAAGAAGCGAAAAGCUAUGUUUUAGAGUCAUGGAGAUCCUGUUCUCGCAAGAAAUUGGUAGUUAUAUCAGUAGCAGCUCUGCUAUGGAACAUAUUCAGCAUAAAAAUGCGAAUGUUUGCAGCCUUCAUCGCUGUGGUUAUCCUUCGCUAUCAUCAUGAACAGUGGCCUCAUAUUCAGGAAUUUGAAGCAGAAGAAAAUGUUAACGAGGAAAGCAGAGAAGAAGAACAGGAGGAACCGGGCAAAGAAAAUAAUAAAACACAAGCAAUGGCAUUUACAGACUAACUAGUGCAGAUACAGAAAGUUGGUUAACAAAACUACAAGGUUAUCGGCUUAUAGAAAAUAAUAUACUGUUUACCAGAUGUAUGGUAUACUGCUGCAACAACAGCUGAGUAGUAUGCCUAUCAAAUGAUGUCAAAUUUUUUGGUUCACAAUUUCAACUAUCUACUAAAAAUUGUUAUAUUUUUUUGUGCUAAGUGCAUUAUCUUUUUUUUCUUUAUAAUAUAAUAAAAUUAU